UUAAAAACUUCAGAACACAUUGGUUUGGUUAACACUUAAUGCUAACCUGUGGUUUGGGUUGUUGUAAUGUAUGAACACAGCUAUUCAAACAAAUCUUGAUUUGUUAGCCAUGAACAACUGAGAAAGAGAGUCCAUGGUUGGUUGUUGGGUCAUGAACUCUGGGGUUGUGUAAACUAUGGUUUCUCAUUACAGGUGCAUCUAGAACCGUGCAUUAUUCCUGGGUUAUUUUACUACCCUACAGAGGCAGCAGGCAAGAGCUGUCAAUAAAAGCAGCUGUUCUACAUGCCAGUAUUAUAGUUUCACAAAAGUUACUGGGAUACAGAGAGAAAACAGAUGAAGUUCUGCUGAGUUGUAACAAUGCGUGAGUACGGUGAAAAUAAAGAAACAUGUGGGACCAUCUGUCUCAAGUACCUGCUCUUCAUCUUCAACUUCUUUUUCUGGCUGGCUGGCGGAGCCGUGAUGGCUGUGGGCAUCUGGACCCUGGUGGAGAAGAGCGAUUACAUUAGCCUUUUGCAGUCCAACUCGUACAUGGCCACCGCCUACAUCCUGGUGAUGGCGGGUGUCGUCGUCAUGAUCACCGGCAUCUUGGGCUGUUGUGCUACAUUCAGAGAGCAGCGGAACCUGCUGAGAGUGUAUUUCAUAUUGCUGCUGUGCAUCUUCCUGCUUGAGAUAAUUGCUGGGAUCCUGGCCUACAUCUAUUACCAGCAGCUGAAUAUGGAGCUGAAGCAAAAUCUGAAGGACACAAUGACCAAGAAGUACCAGAAGUUGGGAGAAGAGAGCGUGACUAGUGCGGUGGACCAACUGCAGCAGGAGUUUAAGUGCUGCGGCAGCCAUAACUAUACUGACUGGAGUGACAGCGACUGGAUCAAAAACCAAGGAAAAGGCAGGAAGGUGCCGGAUAGUUGCUGCAAGACGAUAACAGACAGGUGUGGUGAAAGAGAUCAUCCUUCAAAUAUCUUCAAAGAGGGUGGCUGCAUUACUAAGCUGGAAAACUUCAUCCAAGAACAUCUGAAAAUUAUUGCAGCAGUGGGGGUCGGCAUUGGUUGUGUUCAGAUAUUUGGGAUGAUCUUCACUUGCUGUUUGUAUAGGAGUUUGAAAUCUGAACAUUACUAGGAGCUUAAAGACCAUCCACCUGCUCAACUCCACCAUGUUUCAUCCCAUCACCUUCUCUUUAUCCAGCAGCACAGAAAAAUCUACCCUGCAGGGACUUUUGCUGCUUCUUGAAAAGUAUUCUUGGAUUACUCAGUGCCUCUCUGCCAGAGACAGUAGCCUUCCUCCUUAAUGCAACAAGAGGGAGAAGCCCAGAGCCUGCCUGGUUAUUUCAUUGUGGUCCAAAAUAAUGGAGCUGUUGAAUUCCAUCUGCAAAAAAUGUGUACAAACUAGGCCCAGCAUGCAGUCUGAGAGAUCAUCAAAGCCACCAGUAGCUCACUGCCACCAUGUUUCCCUUUCAGCAUUCUUAGUCCAAAUAGUGGCCCUCUGACAGGUGACAGCUGCCGGCAGGAAUAGAGGAGAGAUGCAGAGCGGGGGUUUAAAUCCUCUCUACCCAGGAGAAGUGCCUUUCUGGGCAUGCAGCAGUUCUGGGGACAGCUCUGCCCCCUCUGGAUGAUGGAUGAGGUCACUUGCAGCUUCAUCAGGCCUUCAUCCCCUUCGGUCAGGAGUCUCCUCUGAAGGAAAGUGCUCUGCCUUCCAAGCAAUAUUCUUUUGUUUUCUUAAUUGGAAACUUUCGUCAUAUAAAACUUGAGGGCUUUCAGUUUAAAAUGGCUUCCUGCAUCUUGAAAGCCACCAAGGGAGCCCCACUUUGGGGAAUGCUGCAGGCCCCUUUCUGUGAAUUAGCCUUUCCCAGAAGGACACUUCAUUGAGUUGGGAAGAAAACUCAGUACUAAUUUGUACAUCAGUCUUCAAAGUCUCAUUAAGCAGCCAGGUGCUGUCUGACUGGAACGAGACCCAGAAUUUGGCUCUCCCAUUCCCCUCUGUCAUUAAUUUCCAGGGUGUGCUUCAGGGUUUUUUUUUUUAAGGAGUUGGGAUUUUUCCCCCACUGGUGGUAAGGCCCCCAUCGAGUGACUUGGUGCAGUGGGGGAAAGUGACUGGCAGCCUUGCUUUCCACAGUGCCUGCAUCCUCUCCAUUAGAGGAGGCCAUUGUUCUCCAAGCAGCGCUUUCCACUGCUGGACUUGCUAGAUUUCCCAAGAGUUCCUCUGCACUAAAUAUUUUUGCUAAAUGUGCAGGUUUUUUUUCCUUCAGCAACUCAUUUGAAGUCAGUGUUCAUCCUCACUCUUUCCUCCCUUUUCAGACCUGGCGGCAAAGGAAAUCACAUGGUCUGAGGCAGGUGUGGGCAACUCAUCCCCUCCCAGAGGUUUGGGGUCAACCCCUUCAGCCCUGGCUAGUGUAGCACAUGGUGAGGACUGGUGGAAGUUACAUGCCGAAAUGUGGGACCUUCCCCCUACUCAAGUGGACCUGGAAGAAUCCUUGUUUGCUUGUCUGUUCAUUUUAAAAUGCUAGAUGUGUCAUGGCCAUCUUCAGCUGUUUGUCCACUGUGGCUGACAGGUGUUUAACACAAGCACGCUUUCCUACAGCUUCCACGUAGCAAGUUGCAUCUUUGCAAGGGUGUGAGAGCAGGGGAGGGUCCUCUUGGCUUUGUAUAGGAGGCUGCACGAUGGUGGAGUGUCCAGAAGGCAGUCUGGGAGGUGAAAAGGAGAGAAUUUCCAUCAGGAACUGUAAAUAUUCAUGCAGGAUACAAAUUUUACACCACUCUUCACUGUAAAGAAAGGCAAAUAUCUAAAUUAUUGCAGGAUGAAUGGAUAAAUUAUUCCUGGAGUUUUCCUCUGGAGAAAUUGUUUAUUAACCAAAGUGGAAACUACUGACUGCAGUCGCUCAAAGCCGUAUUUGACUACCGUGGUGUAUACGUGCCUGGCUAGCUUUCUCUUUGCCCUCCUCCAGGGAAUGAUACUGUGCCAUGUUAAGGGAGGUCCAGGAGUGCCAGCUGGCAGUCUGAGCCUGCUCUCCUUUUUUUUUUUUUUUUUUUUGAACUCAUAGAAUAACCAUGCUUUAAAAAUGCAGUUGAUGUUGCUGGCCAAUAAAUUUAAUGUGUCUA